AUGCCAGCUCACAGUCAUGGGAACCUCUCCAAGGAGUCUUGGCAGGAUUUUGUGCUGGUGGGAUUCGAGGGAGGUCCGGAGACCCAGGCCCUGCUCUUUGCUGUGUUCCUGGCCCUGUAUGUGGUGACCGUCCUGGGGAACUUGACUAUGAUUGUGGUCAUCACGCUGGACGCCCGCCUGCACUCCCCUAUGUACUUCUUCCUGCGCAACCUCUCCUUCCUCGACCUCUGUUACUCUUCCGUCAUUGCGCCCAAUGCUCUGGCUAACUUUUUCUCCUCCAAGGUGAUCACCUUUGCAGGCUGUGCCACACAGUUCUUCUUCUUCUCCUUGCUGGUCACCACAGAGGGCUUCCUCCUGGCCGUGAUGGCCUAUGACCGCUUCAUAGCCAUCUGCAGCCCCCUGCGCUACCCUGUGACCAUGUGUCCCUCGGCCUGUGCCCGCCUGGUGCUGGGCACCUACUGUGGGGGCUGCCUCAACUCGAUUGUGCAGACCAGCUUCACCUUCAGCCUCCCAUUCUGCAGCUCCCACCGCAUUGACCACUUCUUCUGUGAUGUGCCGCCCCUACUCAAAAUCGCCUGUGCCAACACGGCUCUCAAUGAGCUGGUGAUGUUCGGCAUCUGUGGGCUUAUCAUCGUGGGCACCACACUCGUCGUCCUUGUCUCCUAUGGCUACAUCGCCAUCACCAUAUUGAAGAUGCACUCAAAAUCAGGGAGACAGAAAGUCUUCUCCACAUGUGGCUCCCACAUGACAGCAGUGUCCCUCUUCUACGGGACCGUCUUUGUCAUGUAUGCCCAGCCGGGAGCUGUGGAGUCCAUGGAGCAGGGCAAGGUUGUCUCGGUGUUCUACACGCUCGUCAUCCCCAUGCUCAAUCCCCUCAUCUACAGUCUUCGGAACAAAGAUGUGAAGGAGGCCCUCCGGCGGCUGGGACAGAAGCGCCCAAUCAAGUGA